CAUACGCCAUUAAUAUCGCUGGCCUGGGCUCCAUCAUUCCUGUGGUAGUUUUAUUACCGGUAAUGAAUGCUCUCGCUCGAGCCCAUGGUGUGGGUUGGGCAGUGUGGUUGUUCAUUGGCGUUCAACUUGCGCUGAUGAUUCUCUUCUCCAUAUGCGACCAGCAGCUGCUCCCAAUCGUGCAUCGCUUGGGGCAACCAAUGGAAUCGUCCAGUUGGUUGCCGCCGGAACAAGGAUUAUUGGCCCAGCAUCUGCAGCUUCGGUUUUUUCUUAUUCGAUGCAGGAAGGUCGCGAUCCGUGGUUGGCGUACUACUUCUUGAUGACAAUUACAUUUCUGGCUGUAAGUACGUCUAUGUUCCUUCCUCGUGAUCCUUGUCUAUGGGAAGAAGAACAGCAGUAGUACUUUAUGACUAUGAGCACCAUCAUGAUGUGUCGCGUCCGAUUUCUAUCUAUGUCCACUCUGUCGGACGAAGUGUUUUCUGUAC